UUCCCGGUCCGGUCCCGGUGUUCCAGUAUGGAACCUCAACAUGGCUACGCUACGCGCAGUCGUACAGAAGUGCCAGCUAUUCCUGACAACCCUGAGAACCCGUACAUGGCGUCGACGAAGGACGAGCCAACCGAAGCUGUUCCUACACAUUCCAGCUCCGCAACGGACUCUCAGUCCGGAACUUCCACGUCGCUGGAGCUGCUCGCAAGCAUAGCCCAGCUGAGUUCUAUGACGGCGCAGCAGCUCGGAUCCGCAUCACAUAUUUCAGUGGAGGAACCCCGUUCGACGUUCACCGGGUGCUCGGAUCCGAAGUCUGUACAACACUUUCUCGUGACCUCGAUACUUAAUAGGUCAUCAUGGGGGUUAUCUGACGUAGAUCUAAUCCGGCGGAUUUUCCUCAUCUCUUUAGUCAGGGCCACAGCCAGAUGGUACAGUCCCCAGCCCGGAUUCCUCUCCAAGGAUGACCCAGAAGAUCGUCUGACAAGGACUUAAUGACCGUAUGCACUUAAGGCCGUAAUCGUGAAGGUCGUAAGUGCGCCCGUCUGACAAGGGGUAUAUCUGCGCUCACAGCACAGCAUGGCAUGCAGCUCUACAACUGGGUUCAUUAGGAAGUACGCGUGAAAAUGCAGCGUGGGGUGGAAGUUACGUUUUCACGUUCGUUUCCAAAGGUGGCGGAACUUGCCGAAGCUUGACGGAACGCCGGAAACGGCAGUAUUUGCGGAAGCGCGGCUGUAACGUUCCAAUAUUACUCGGCGUGGCGCGAUCUUGGACAUCAACUCGACGCGCGUCCACGUAAAUGGUGCUGCAUCGCCUUCAUUCCAACUCCGAGUCGACAUUCGAGACGCUUGGUGUUGUAUUAAUGUAAGCGCGGCUCAUCUAUUCCAGUACCUGUAAUCCUAAUUUCUACCCGUUCCAAAUUACCACAACGCGGAUAACGAAAAUAUGGUACGUUUUCUCGCGUAUUCCACGAGCAGCAUACGCGGCGAGGGAAGAAGAAAACUGGGAGAGAGGGAAAUAGAAGAAAAGGAAAGGAUCUGUAAAAGAUCGUAGAGGAUGCGGUGCCAUCUCCGACGUCACGGUCCGAGUGUCUUACGGUGGGACGGUACGCCUUAAAAAAAAACAACAGAAAACAACAACAGCAGCGCUGACAAUGAAAGCUUCCAAAACGAGAGAUAUUGCAGUGGGAAAAUGAGCAAAGGCACAGCUUUCUAGUGUGAACGUAUGACAUGCAUUUGAGCCUUAUGAUAACUUUAUGCGCUUCAUCGUUCUCUUUCUCAUGUGUUCCAGGCUGCAAGCUGUUACUUCGUAGCUGCGACGGUUGUGCGUCAACCUCGCCAACGCCCUAUGCAGCGGAUUUUAUUUGCGUCGGAACAGUCUGCCUUCGAGACGAUGUUGUGUCCACAUUCCUUCUGUUCAUGUCCUUCGCGGACGCGUCACCUUGGCAGGCGUUUCUCCCGAACUGCACAUACUGUACCUCAAGAGCUGUUUUGUUGGGAAAUAAUAACUACACCAGAUAUUUGCGUCAAAGAAGAGCCCGAGGACUCCCAAACAUCCCUGACAAUAAGACAGGCCUCGUCGAGCGCGCAGGCUGUAACCGUUCUCGAAGGUCGUUGCUUUCCACCAGGUGUCCCGUCGAGUGUGAGUAGCGAAUCGAACUCAGGUAGCCACGACCAAGGUGCUAGUGCUACAAGCCCUUUGUGCACGGAGGAGAACAACGGAGGAAACGGCACAGACUCGUCGCCGCAAGAGAGCAACCAUGAAACAGAUUUUCUCGAUGCUUCAAGCGAGCUGUCUUUCAAGUGCAACCUAUGUCCGGGGACGUUCAUCGAAGAAGCCCAUUUGAGGAGCCACCUCGAGGCGCAUGUCAGGAGACCGCUGGUUUGUGAUACCUGCUCUGCAUCAUUUUCUCAGCUUACGGCCUUCGUGUAUCACAUGAGGCAGCACACACAAGCGAGGCAGCGCAAGUGCCCGAUAUGCUCCGGCGAGUUCGACACGCAGUCCUUGCUGGAGAAUCACAUUGCCGUCCACGCCGGCGAGGUGUGCGGCAACGGGCAAGUUAGGGACGCGGGACUCGCUCAGACCACGAAUCGUGUACGACUACAAACGACCAACAAGCCUCACGAGUGCAAGCACUGCACCGCGUCCUUUGCCUUCGCCGCACAGUUGAGUGUCCACAUGUUGGGGCACGCGGGGGAGAAGCCGCACAAGUGCACGAUGUGCCCCGCUGCGUUCUACGGGCACUCGCAACUCACGUGCCAUAUGCGAACGCACACGGGUGAGAAGCCCUUCAAGUGCCAGCUGUGCCCCGCGGAAUUCGUUAUCUCGGCCCACCUUAAGUCUCACAUGCGGACGCACACCGGCGAGAAGCCCUACAAGUGCGAGAUCUGCCCGGCCUCGUACUCGCAGAGCGUGGACCUCAAGAGGCACAUGGCGAAGCACACGGGAGAGAAGCCGUUCAAGUGCGCCUUCUGUCCUGCGGCGUUCGUUCGUUGCUUGCGGCUGGCCGACCACCAGAGGACGCACACGGGCGAGAAGCCGUACAAGUGCGAGACGUGCGACGCCACCUUCUCGUACACCCGCCAGCUCAAGGCCCACAUGGAGACGCACACGGGCCAGAAGCCGCACAGGUGCCGGCUGUGCCCCGCGCAGUUCAGCCAAUCCACCAACCUCAAGCGCCACAUGCAGGUGCACACGGGCGAGAAGCCGCACAAGUGCGAGAUCUGCCUCGCGACUUUCGCCCAGCACUCGCACCUGAAGCGUCACGUACGGAUACAUGGGGAAGAGAGGUCAAGCGUGACGUCCGAAGCGCUCUGCUGAUCGCCGUAGGGAAGCCGUACCAGUGCCGGACGUGCGGUGCUGUGUUCCCGUACGCCCGUCAGCUCAAGGCUGAAACUCACACGGCGCGUAGGAGCCGCACCGCCGCAAGCUGUGUCCAGCGCGGUUCACGCAGACAAUGAAUGUCACGCGCGGGUGCACGAGGACGAGAAGACUUGCAAGUACAAAUUCCGUUCCACGACCUUCAGCAAGCCACCCGCACUUGAAACGUCACGCACGAUGUUCGGAGGAAGAGAAGUCGCGAAAAUGUGCCGUACGCUUUUCUCUCAAGUACUUUGUCAUCAUUCUUCACCAUCAAUAAAAUUACGGGAUUUCUGUUUCGUU